CACGAGCAUUGCGAGCAUUGCGAGGGUGGACGCCGCAGGGCCUGCACAACCUGCCAGACGUUUUAAUUAGAGCCAGCGACGCGAGAAACGAGCCAAGAUCAUGAGCGAUUACGCCUACGAUAGGAGAGGCAGGAGAGAGCAGCAGAGACGAGGAGGAAACAGAGGCGACGACGAAGAUUUCGACGAACUGGGAAGAAACACUAUGCAACGUUUGGACAGCAUACAAGACCCCGGGAAACGUUAUCUGCUCAGAGAGUGCAUAGGUUCCGGCGUGUGCGGAGACGUUUUCGAGGCUAUCGAUCAGCAAGCAGGGAACAAGAGGGUGGCCGUGAAGGUGCAGAAGCUCACUUCGGAAUCGCAGUCGCUGAUCGUGGAGGAGUACAAGGUGCUCCGAGAUCUGGCGGCGCAUCCGAAUCUGCCGGACUUUUACGGGAUUUACCGGCGAAGAUCGGGCAAGAAGACCGAGUACGAUCAAAUAUGGUUCGUGAUGGAGCUCUGCGAGGGUGGGACAGCCAUGGACCUCGUGCAUGGCCUGCUGGCCAUGAACAAGAAGCUGCGCGAGGAACACAUCGGCUUCAUCCUGAAGGAAGUGAUCCAGGCGCUGAUUUAUCUGCACGAGAACAACGUGAUACACCGUGACAUUCGCGGCAGCAACAUCGUGCUUACCAAAGAGGGAGAAGUGAAGAUGGUCGAUUUUGGGCUAUCAAGAAUGUGUCAAGGUGAACUGGGAAAGAGAUACACGUGCAUAGGAUCGCCCAGUUGGAUGGCACCGGAAGUAGCCAUGAGCAAGGGGACCAGUUCCAGCGACGGAUACGGAAACAGAGCCGACGUCUGGGCGAUCGGGAUCACGGCGAUCGAGCUGGCAGACGGGAAGCCCCCGUUUCAAGACAUGCAUCCCACCAGAGCCUUGUUCCAAAUCGUUCGCAAUCCUCCCCCCAAUUUGUACAGGCCGUCCAACUGGUCGCAAAAUUUCAACGACUUCAUCGGCGAAUGUCUCGAGAAAAACCCAGACAACAGGCCGUUCAUGGCGGAAAUAGCAGAGCAUCCCUUCCUAGCCGACUUGCCUCAGAACGAUUACCUGCUAACUCAAGAGAUCAAGGUACUGAUGAUGGACGCCUGUGCGAGGGGUAAACAGGAGAGGAAGGCGGAAGUAAUUGUUCGUAAAGGUUUCUUGAAGGUAAGUUCCGAGUAAGAUCAAACGGAUCCUCUGGAACCUAUGUUCAUGGAAGACCUGGCCGCGCUCGAGAACCUCACGGAGGACACGAUUUUGGACGAACUGCACGAGAGAUUGCGGCAAGGUUACUACCACAGUUUUAUCGGCGAUAUCCUUUUGAUCUUAAAUCCAAACGAACAGCAGGACAUUUACGGGUCGGAUUAUCAUACGAAGUAUCAGUUCAAGUCGCGGUCGGAUAACGCGCCUCACAUAUACUCCGUAGCUGAUAGCGCGUAUCAGGACGUGCUGCACAACGAGGAGGCUCAGCACGUUCUGUUCGCCGGCGAGAGUAACUCCGGGAAAACGACCAACAUGAUGUAUCUCAUCGAACACCUCAUGUACCUGGGAAAAAGCUUGCAAGACAUUGGAGCAAGAUUAAUACGAGCUAUCAAAGUGAUUCACGCUUUCAGUAACGCUGCCACACCCCUAAAUCCAAACUCGACCAGAUGUGUGUUAGAAAUACAGACCACGUACGGAUCUUCCGGGAAAGCCUCCGGCGGCAUAUUUUGGUUAUAUCAGCUAGAAAAAUGGCGCGUUUCUACCCGCGACAGAAAUCAAUCGAAUUUCCACGUGUUGUACUACUUCUACGACGGCCUCGACAGCACGAGCAAGUUGAAGCAGUAUCAUCUACCACCGGGAAGGAGGUUGCGUUACCUCAGGAUAAGCGAGAAGGGAACGGAACGGAAGCGAUCGUUCAAGGUUCGUAACGAUCCACGCGGCAACGUGGUGAAGUUCGAGGAACUGAAGGAAAAUCUGAAAAUCUUGGAAAUGGAGGAAUAUUACGAAACGAUCUGGAAGAUACUCGCUGCGAUCUUGAUUCUCGGGGAAAUUCGAUUCGUGGAAGGGAACAAUGGAGAAGCUGACAUGGAUAACAAUGACGCGGCGACCAAAGUCGCACAGCUCCUCGAGCUGGACGAGAAGAAAUUUAUCUGGGCGUUGCUGAAUUACUGCUUGAUCGUGAAGGGAAGCGUCAUACGCAGGAAACACAGCUGCGACGAAGCGAAAGACGCGAGGGACGUAUUAGCCAACACGAUCUAUCAGCGAUUAACCGAUUGGAUAAUAAACACUAUCAACCAUAAAUUUACGGUCACGCGGUCUUUAUUCGGUGACAAAUAUGCGAUUAACGUAAUGGACCUCUUCGGAUUCGAGUGUUUCUCGGUAAAUCGGCUGGAGCAGUUAAUAGUGAACACGAUGAACGAACAGAUGCAGUGCUAUUACAAUCAAAGGGUGUUCGCUUGGGAAAUGCAAGAGCAAGAGGAAGAGGAAAUACCCAUGCAGCGUUUGCACUUUUACGACAACAAAGAUGCGAUAGACAGGCUACUGAGCAAAGACAGAGGCUUAUUCACCACGAUCGACGAGGCGUCGAAGAACACGCUCGAUUACCAAUACGUGAUAAACAAGAUCCGGCAACGAUCGGAUAGUAUUUACAUAAAAGCAGUGAGUUCUCACGAAUUUACCGUCGCUCAUUAUACAGGAAAGUUGCUUUACGACGCUAGCGAGAUUGCCGAGAAGAAUCGAGACUUUGUCCCGCCGGAAAUGAUCGAAACGCUCAGGCUGUCGACCAUCGAGACCGUGAAAGAGUUGUUCACGAACAAGCUGACGAAGGCCGGAAGCUUGACCGUGGUCGUUGAAUGUCCGAAAGUUGCGGAGACCACGACCACCAAAGGCAAAUGGGGCGCGCUGAUGCAGGAGACGUCGAAACCGAGGAGGUAUAACACCGCAUCCAGGGGACAAUUCUCCCAGUCACGGAAAAUGAGAACCUGCGCGUCCACCUUUAAAUCCGUCAGCCUGGAAAUCCUUAAGAACCUUUCGAUAGGCGGUGGAAGUGGUGGCAUUCAUUUCGUCAGGUGUAUAAGAUCCGAUCUCGAAGGUGCGCCUCGCGGUUUUUAUCGGGACGUUGUCAGGCAACAGAUCAGAGCGCUGGCUGUUCUUGACACUGCCAAAGCCAGGCAACGCGGCUACCCGCACAGGAUACCUUUCCCAGAGUUUCUUCGAAGGUAUCAAUUCCUGGCGUUCGAUUUCGACGAGAACGUCGAGAUAACCAAGGACAAUUGCCGGCUGCUACUGAUCAGGCUAAAGAUGGAGGGCUGGAUAAUCGGGAAGACGAAAGUGUUUCUAAAGUAUUACAACGAGGAAUACCUCUCGCGCUUGUACGAGACACAGGUGAAAAAGAUCGUAAAGGUGCAAUGUAUGAUGAGAGCGUUCUUAGCGAAGAAAAGCAUGGCGUCGAAGAUCACGAAUAUAAGGAAAGAUCUUGUGAAGAAAGCGUCCCUAAAGAGGAAGGAGACGGUGGAGCUAUCGGAAGACCAGGCAGCGAUAAUGAUUCAGAAAGCGUACAGGGGUCACGUGGUGAGGAAGGAGACGGCGCCUCUUCUUGGGAAGGAGAAGAUGGGUCCGGAGACGAUAGACAUGAUGAAAUUCUACAGCAGCAAAUGGAGGUCGAAGAGCAUGUUCCAAGUCCUCCUACGGUACCGUGCAGCCCGCUAUCAAGACCUCGUGCAUUUUUCGCAACAAGUGCAUCUAUUCAAUCAGGCGAUGAUAGCAUCUCUCACAGCGACGAAUGAUCAAAUAUCUAUAGAUAAAGUAGAUUCGAACAUCUCGUCAUCCGCAUACUUAGGCCAGUUGAAACCACCCCAAGUGCACAAGUUACCUUUCAAUUUUUAUCAUGACUUUCCUUUUCCCGUCAUGGCAAUGGAACUGAAAGGUUUUAGAUCCGCGUCAUCGGCGUCUGACGACGAGCACGAAGCCUGGGACGCGCCAUUACGGAGAAAAACAGAGCCGUGGGCCAACAGGAACAGUCGUACCAGAGACGUCGAGGUUCAAACAACGAACUCGCCACAUCGAGUGGCGCAGUCGACCGAGGGGCAGAGUCUGAUCGACACUCCGUUUUCCAGAGACCCGAAUAUCUCGGUCCGAUGUCCUCCAGACGAGUCGUCCCAAAGCAGAAUGGAUAACUUUGGCUCGCAACGUCCAUCGAGCAGCCAUAGUCCCGUACCACCUGCUAACGCUCAUAAUCCUCGCUCAAAUUACGAUAGUACCGGAUCGAUACGCUCUAGAAAACACGCACCGCCUCCACCUCUUCCGUUUAAUCAAUCGCUACCACCCCCGACGCGCAGCUCCGACAAUUAUAGCUCAGAUUUUCGAAGUAAAAGCACCAUAGACAUUUCCAGCCACGAAUGGGAACACGAGGAUAAAACUAACAGGAGUAGCGGCAAUAAUAAUCGUAUCAAUCCGAUUCAGGAAUUGCAGAUGAUAGGUCGUAAGAGCAACUACGACAGCAACGAAGACACCGACGAGCCACCGUUUAAUUUCCAGGCGAUGUUGAGGAAAACGAGUCAUCACAGAGCAUCCAUGAAGCGAACCCCGGUCUACGAUAGCUAUUCCUAUUCUCCGUCGCCACUGCCAGGUACAGGAUACCGCGGGAAUCGCGAGAACGAGUCGAACGUUGUCUACAAAAGCGGAGGUAGUCGCAGAGACUCUCCCGAGUGGAGUCCCAACGAGAUGGUGAGAAUGUCUGAGAAAUACGCGAAAGAGGCAGCCUGGGGAGAAGAUCGAACGGGCAACGCGGGCCAAAGCAACGCUGCCUCCGAGAGCGUGACCGCGGAAAUUGCACCGGGAAUCGUUAUCGAAGGUUACGUGGCCGAAUUGUAAAAUUCGUGUCCGCGACGGAAACUCCUUAUGUAUCGAACCAGCGUAAAAACUGGACCAGUUGGAAUUGCUAAUAUCGCGAGAAAAAAAAAAAAAAAAGAGAAGCCUGCAAGGUACCUGUAGCUGUCCCGACGGAAACAAAUGCACGACUCGUAUGAUUUGAAAGAUCGAUACCUAAUUUACCAUUAUUGCUGACUCGGAGAGAAAUCUUUUUAUCCACAAAUAUGUAAAUACGUAUUUUUGGUAUUUUUUUAAUGCUUUUCUUUCUUCUCCCUUUUUGAAUAGAAGCUGUCGAGGCGUUUCGCCGGUGAACUUCUUUUGUAACUUUCAUUCGCUCCUCGAGCGACCGUGAUGUCGGAAUUUUUGUCCAAUGUACAAUAAUUUUCAUCGAACGAUUCGUUUUCCCGCGUGCCUGUCUUCUCCAACAGUUAGCAAUGCUCCUUGCCGAUGUACAAUACUUGUUCAUUAUUUUUAAUUUCGCCACACACAAACACACUUUCACUUUAACGAUACAAACGAUAACAGCAAUCGCGAGAAAACGCUUCUUUUUCUUUUACCAAAGGGGAAAAAUUACAAUACACGAAAUUGUCGAAGAAUUCACACGAUGCAAAAGGAACUUAAGGGGUUGUGUUUCAGUUCACCUUCAUACCCUUUCAUCAGUCGCAACGAUGCUCACUAACGAAACAAUCGAAUUGUUGUCAAAAAUUCCACCCUGCACGAUCGGUUUUACAAUAUUACAUAGCACGAAUCUCCCCCUCACUUUUACGUAGUACAUAGUAUUUAUAAAAUUUCA